AUCGAAAUUUAUGUGAAUGAAGUACAGAGAAUACGGAUAUGCGCAUCACUUUUAAGAGAGAAAAAAGCGAGAUGGGAAAAUAGAUCAGAGAUUUGUCAUUUAUGAUGGAAACUAACACUACAAACUACGUGGCUGAACUAAACGAGUACGCACAGAGAACCCGCUCUGCGCUUUACUAUGAGGACCGUGGCUCUGUUCGCCCUGACCAUGAUAAGACAUUCACCCAGAGGGCAGUCCUAGAUGGUAAAGUCUACCCUGACGGUGUGGGGAAGACCAAGAAGGAAGCCAAGCAAAGUGCAGCUAAAAAUGCCCUGAAAUGCUUGUUGGAGAACGGACAUCAGGACCCAUCGGACUCAACAAAAAAUGCAGCAAAAGCUCCCGCUGCACCAGUUCAUCAGACAAGUACCAGUGACAUCAACUACAUAUGCUGGCUCAAUGAAUAUGGUCAGAAGAACAGGGUGUCUAUAAAGGCUGUGGAGUCUCUGGGAGCAAAUAAUGUUACUCCAUGCUGCAGCUUCGUGGUUGGUGGUAAGGAGUAUCCAGUGGUCACUGGGGAAACAAAGAGGGAAGCUAAGGAGGAAGCAGCCAAACUUGUAUAUGAUGUGAUACAUGGCAGUAAAAUGGCAAAGACUGCAGAUGAGAAGUCCAUCCAUGCAUCAAAUAAAGAAAAGGAGGAAUUCAAUCUUUCUGAUAUCAGUAAUAAGACAAGAAGCCUCAGUGUGAGCUCCGACAACAGCUUUACAGAGACAAAUUACAUAGGAAUUGUCAACCACUACUGCCAGAAAACAAGCAGCUCCCAUAAAUUUAUUGAAGAGAGGAGAUACGGUCCAUCUCAUAACCUUCAAUUUUUCUACAAGUUAGUGAUAAACAAUAAGGACUACCCAGUGGGUGAGGGUCAGAGCAUCAAGGAAGCCAAACAAAACGCAGCUCGGUUGGCCUGGUCUGCUCUUCAGGAGCAGUCAGACUGGGACAGCAAGGUGUCCUUCAGAUCAACAGUGUCCGAAGAUGGUGCACCACCUGUGCUUUCAGCACGAUCACCUACACUGGAGUCCCAUGAAUCAUCAUCACAAAGCAUGUCAGCGAGCACAGGUAGCUCAAUAAUAUUCGCAGAUACAUCAAACCCCUCCCAGGCUCAGAUGUCCUUCAGGUCCACUGCAUCUGAAGAUGAUGCACAAUCCAGGGAGUCUCAUUCAUUGUCACAGAGCGCGCCAACUAGCUCAGGCGUAUUCACUGAUUCAUCAAACUCUUCCAGUGAUCAGUCUGCUGCCCAAAACAAUAAUAUGGGAAAUGUUAAGAAUGAGACACCGGCCCAGUCAAGGUUUACGUCAGACUUUGAUCCCCUGAAGCGUCUUGGCAAUGGAGCAUUUGGUGUUGUUUACAAAGUACGUCAGAAACUGCUGAAAAAGGAUUACGCUGUAAAGAUUGUCCUCUGUGAAGAGAAUUGUCUUCGAGAGGUGGGGACAUUAUCAGAACUCCUUCACCCUAAUAUUGUUAGAUACUACACAUUUUGGAUGGAGGAUUCAAAAUACCAAGAUACCAAGAAUUUACCAAGAAGAGGGGACAUUUCAGCUGACAGUUACACCUCAUCCCAGUCUACAGAUAAUUCAUCAUCGUCCUCUAAGUACCUCUACAUUCAGAUGGAGUUAUGUGACACCAAAACACUCAGAGUGUGGAUUGAUGAGAAGAACACUCAGCCUCUGGCAGACUCCAAGAGGAGAGAAGAAAGCCUAGACAUUGCCCAACAAAUAGUUAGUGGAGUCGAAUACAUUCACUCCAAGAAGCACAUCCACAGGGACCUUAAGCCUGCCAACAUCCUGUUUGGACUGGAUGGAGCGGUGAAGAUCGGAGACUUCGGUCUGGUCACCAGAGAUAAUGAUGACGAGAGAACAGUGAACAGAGGAACCCCACUUUACAUGGCUCCUGAACAAAACAAGGAGAACUACGACCGAAAAGUGGACAUUUUUCCUCUGGGGUUGAUAUACCUGGAACUCCUUUGGAAAGUUUCUACUGUCCACGAAAGAGUAGAUUUUUUGCAUAAAGCCAGAUGUCAGAGGUUCCCCAAAGAAUUUUCACUGACCUUUGCCAAGGAGGAGAAAAUCAUUAAGUCAAUGCUGAGUGAGAAGCCAGAAGACCGACCUGAAGCGAGCGAACUGAAAGCAGAGCUGGAAAAGUGGGCUCAGAUGUUCAACACACAGAAAAUGUGUCAGGAGAAUGUAACUAUAUUCAAGAUGCAUAUGAACCGUAAACCCAACGAGUGUCCAGGAACAACCCGACCAGAGAGGAAACAUGAGGAAGUUUGCUCCGAGGGACCUGGACUCAAGAAAAGAAGCCCCUUUAUGCCCCUGAGAAAUGUUCAAGGCUUUCCCAUUGGUGUGGGGAAGAAUACAGACUCAAAGCACAGUGCAGCUAAAAAUGCCCCGAAGGGAUUGAAGGAGAACGAAAAUCCGGGAUCAGUGACGGAAAUUGCUGCAGAAAUUGCUACUGCACCAGUUCAGCAGCAAAGUGUGACCAAACCAGUGAACGUAAGCAAGCUCAAUGAAAACGUGCAAGAGAACAGGACUUUGGGGCCAGCGAGCCUGGGACCAAAUAAUUCUUCCUCCAUCGUGGUUGGUGAUCAGGAGCCAGCUGCAAAGAAGGAAACUAAGGAGGAAGCAGCCAGGCCUGUAUAUCAUGAUGAAUUGGGCAGUGAAGCUACAGAGCUGUUCUCCGGCUUAGCUGUGUCUGAUGAUGUUGCACCAACCUGGAAGUCUACAUCACGGGAUUCCCCUGAUUCCAAAUCAAAAAGCCUGGCAACAACUUCAAGUGACUCAGUCGUUUUCACCAACUCAUCAAACUCUGUCAAGGAUCAGGAUCAGAAUCCUGUUGUGAAUCCCAAAAGCAGCAAUGCAUCAAAUGUCCAAAAAGCCCGUCGAAACAAUAAUGAGGAUGUAAUGAGUCCUGGAAAAAUGAACACAGGAAACAGUCCCAGUGAGAAGACAUCAAUCCAAUUAGAAAUAUCGAGGUUUAAAUCGGAAUUUGACUGCAAAGAGCCUUUGGGCAAAGGAGCCUUUGGUUGUGUUUUCAAGGCAAAAGAAAAACUGACGGAGAAGAAUUUUGCUAUAAAGAUUGUCCUCUAUAAAAAAAAAUCUCUACAGGAGGUAAAGGCGUUGACAGAUCUCCAUCACCCUAACAUUGUUCGAUACUACACGUGUUGGUUGGAGGAUUCAGGAUACCAAUGGGACGAUGCAGCUGACAGUUGGAGCUCUUCACAGUCUUCUGUCGACAGUUUAUCUGCAAGAUACCUUUAUAUUCAGAUGGAGCUGUGUGACAGCAAAACACUUAAAGAUUGGAUAGAUGAGAAGAAUACUCAGAGAGUGACGAAAUCUCUCAGAGACUUGAGAAGAGAAGAAAGUCUAAUUAUUAUUAUUCAAAUAGUCAGUGGAGUCGAGUAUAUUCACUCCAUGAAGCUCAUCCACAGAGACCUGAAGCCGGCCAACAUCAUGUUUGGGAAAGAUAGGAAUGUGAAGAUUGGAGACUUUGGUCUGGUCACUGAUGAGAACGACGCCGAUCCUGAGAAAAAAAUGAAGAGAACAGUCGGCAAAGGAACCCCAUUUUACAUGGCUCCUGAACAGAAGGACGAGACCACUUAUGAUCGAAAAGUUGAUAUAUUUGCUGUGGGGCUGAUAAACGUCGAACUUCUUUGCAACUUUCGCACUGUCCAUGAAAGGCACGAGCUUUGGGACGACAUCAGGAGACAGAAAUUUCCCCAAGGGUUUUCAGACCAUUUUCCAGAAGAGUGCAUCAUACUGUGUCCAAUGCUGUGUGAGAAACCAGACAACCGACCUGAAGCAAGUAAGGUCAAGAAAGACCUGGAAGAGUACACUCGCAGAAACAAAAAUGAGCGCCGUGGCAGCCAAUCUGUUUGAUUAUCAGUUGAAGUCAAUGACAUCUGUUUUAUGAUUUAUCCUAUGCAUGUAGAUGAUCGGUUUUAACCUCUGAAAAUUAUCUCCAGAGUCUAUUAAAUAUUUGUGCAUCAUUUACAUGCAACAUUUUACAAAUGCAAAUCAUGUAUUUCUGUGAUUUUAGAUUAUACUGCAGGGCGUUCAGGAGCUAUGCAUUUUUAAAUAUAAUUUUAUAUUUUACUGUCUUUUGAUUUGAUGAUUGAUUUUAUCUUAAUCUUAAAACUGUUCUUAAUUUAAGCCAGGCAUCACAGUCUGUCUGAUUUGACAUGAGGACUGUCACCACAUGGACAUGUCUACAAAUAUUUGACAGGCUUAGUUUAGGGGUUUCUCCAGCAGAAGUCCCCUCUUUUUUGAAUUUCUUUUUGGCUGGAAACUUGUAGGAAAGGGGGAGAGAGAAGGGAUGGUAUUCAGCAAAGGGACACAGGUUGGAAAAGGAAGUUGGGUGCUCUACCAGGGUGCCCCAGAAAUCCUUUCUUUUCCUAGUAUAAGAAAUGAUGUGCUAUAUUUUAAAAGAUUAUCCAAGUCAUUGAUCGUUCUAGUGAAUUAUUUUUCUGACCAACAGUCGAUAUACACGCUGCCCCUAAAUUCUUCUGUUGGCUCAACUUGUUGCUUUGUUCUGCUUUUAAUUGUGUCAACUUAACUUCAGGUCCAGUGUGGGUGAUGUGAAUUAUCUCAUAGGAUCUCAGCCAAGUUAUGUGAAACAAAAUAAAAAUGAUUUGCCACUUA